AUGCGGGAGUGGCUUAUCAAUUACGGACCCAUGAAACAGGUUGAAUCUGGGUUUGAAAAGGCGCAAACUGCAGAGAAGAGCGGUAAAUUGGGUGAGGCGUUCACACUUUAUACCCAAAUUGCGGAGAUUUUACCUGACACAGAACUGUGCCGCACGGCGAAAGAAUCGGCAACGCGUCUCCGCACCCAAGCUGAGACGCAAUUUGAUCAGCUAAAAAAGACAGCCGAUGAGAAACCCUACACCGAAACGGUAAAGGCAUUAGAAGUAUUCCGCGAUAAAUAUGUCGGUAGCGUCUUUGCAGAACGCGCAUCACAACUGCGCAGUGAACUGCUAAAUGCGAGAGCAGAUGCGUUAGAAGGUCGAGCACGCGAGGCAGAAGCACAGAAAAACUAUGCUCGUGCGUUGCAACUCUACAAACUUUAUCUUACCUACUUCCCGGAAGCAAAACGCUACGCGGAAGUCCAAAAACAUGUAAAAAUUUUGAAAAACAAAACAGGAAUGAAGUAA